UCCCCAGAUUAAAGCCUGAACAAAAGACCUCAACAACAGAGGCUCACACUCAGACAACAACAUCAUACUCGUCCUCUAUAUGACAACCGCACAGCGAAGGCAGUCGCACAGAGGAUCUGAACACAGAAACAUCAGCAACCAAUCAGGAAGCAGGACAACACAGAUCUAACUUGCUUUCGGACAACUGAAUUGAAUUUCAUCUGAAGUGUCAUCAAAGAUGAUGUUUUAUAGGAUUCUUCUGCUCGUCUCUGUGGCCAUUUUCUUCUGUGCAGAUGCUGAGGGGAGCCCCAGUGUUCACAGGAGGCCCUCUUGUGUAGGAAUGAGUGGGAUUCAGGCAUGUCCUCUGAAUUACUCUCCAGUGUGUGGCAGCAAUGGCAUCACCUAUCCAAACGAAUGUUUUCUGUGCAUCUACAGGCUUGAAGGAUGGACCUUGCUGAAGAUGACAUCAUCACAACUUACACUAACUGAUGACAUCAUCCUGGACCUGCCCAAUGAUGUCUAACUACUGUUUUUUAUGUACCUGUUAGCAUAUAGCAUGUACCAGUUUAGCCACAUGUGCUCAUGAUUCAAAAAUAUUUACAGUGCUUUUCUUUGUUCAUAUUUCUGUCAGACCUUUUUCAUUAAAAACUUU